CCAAAAACGACCACUCGCCGUUGCCGUUUCUGCCGUCUUCAGCUCAAUGGCGAAGCAGGACCUCCGCGCUCCGUAGCCGAGCAGCGCCUGCUGCGCCUGCUCCGUUGUUUGCUCGAUGCACUUUCCUCUCUUGCUUCUGCUGCUGGGCGCCAAGGGCGCUGGCGCCAUCCGCAGCGAUCCCAAACCAAAGAUCAUGUCGACGGCGCCCAAACCACAGAAAUGCCGGCAAUGGAUCUCCAUCGAGGUGGAUGGCCGAGACGAAAUGGGAGAGCCGGUGAAGGAGAUUCGAGAGAUAGAUGUGGAUCUCUACAACAACUUGGGCGGGGUUCGGCUCUUCACCAAGUUCAAAAAUUACGAGGCCCGCUACAGCAUGUUUGACGACCGCAGCCCGAAUCAGAUGAGCGAACGGGCGCAGGUCUAUUACUUGGGUUGUAACUUCGUCAGAGGGGUUCCCGUCUUCAUCGCAGAGCUUGGAUAUGACAUGGAAGAGAAGACACCUAUGGUGCAGGAGCAGUUCAAGACUGGCCAUGAGAGGAUGGUGGUGCGAUUGACUCCUGGCGAAGUGAUCGAGUUUGCCUGGGGUACGACCUUUAUCUUCGAUCUCAUGGUUGAAGGCCGCAUCACGGUGAAGGACACCACGGGCAUUCUGGAGCCCCCUGAUUGGGUCUUAAAGAAGCCGUCGGAGGCACCGAAGCCCAAGCCGUUGGUACCACGGCUGCUGAAGGCCAUCAAAGACGCCUUCUCGGUGGAGGUGGACGAAGAGACCGAGAGCGGCUCCAAACGCCUCACCGAGCCGGAAGAGCCUGAGAUCGUGCGGCCCAGUCGCGAGGAAGAAUUGGCUCGCUUGCGACAGAGUGGCAAGAAGGCUUGCACUCACAGCAUUUCGGUGGAGAUCAAAGCCACUGCCCAUGAGACCAAAUUGAGACAAAAGCCUGAGAACCGCACCAUCUACCUUCAUCCUCAGGACUAUGUGCGGCUCGGGGGCUACCGCAUCAUGAGGAAGUUCCAUCCCACGGAACCGGACAAGAACUAUUGGAUUCGAUGUGACUACGAUUCGGGUUGGCCUUUCCUGCUGGUGCACCAGCAGGGCAAGGACUGGGAGAUCCGCGGCUUUUUCUUUUGGAACCUCUACGAGCGCAAGGUCUCCAUUGUUGGUGACUGGCGCUUGCAGUUCUUGGCCUCCUUUGACAUCCCUGAACUGUCGAAUGGUCAAUUGAAGUUGAGCCCCAUCCAAACCGCCCCUGACGAAGAGUCACCAGGUGCCGCAGAUGAAUGACUGAGCUGCUGGCGAGAUGGGCGUUCGUGCGCUUAAAUGACUGCAGAGAUGCCCGCGUGCUUGGACCACCGCUGCAGCGAUGGGUCCUGAGAACCAAACAACGGUUCUUCCCAAGGAGUUCUAUGACAGGACCAGAGAUAUCACCCCACGGGGUGGCAGACAAAGUGACGAGGAAGAUUUGUAGCAGGACCAUCCUAUGUGGGUGUCCUUGCUGGACUACCCAGCCCACUACCUACCUGCGCGAAAGCAUUGGACACCCAGGAUGCUCCUGGUAGCUUAUGUUGAGAAAGAUGUUGAAAGAGGCGAACAAGGUCGUCAUUUGAUAAUACAUGUUCAAAUGAAUCUCCGCAUAGUAGUGGCCCGCACGGCUCAGCUCGCAAAAAGGAUCCCAUCCUCCGCAUGGCCGUCUCAGAUAUCAUGCCUGACGUCCGACCUGCCGCGGGGUAAAAACCACCGAAGAGCGAGUUGC